AUGGGAGACGAAAGACCAAGCCUAGACAUGUGGCCCUCAAAGCUAUUCACAAUAGUUCGCACCCUUCAGUUAAUCGUCAGCUUAGCGGUAAUAGCCGUAAGUGUGUUGAUGGUUAACAAUGAGUCUUGGCCGUAUAUCAUACUCACAAUCCUUGUCGGAUGCCUCAUGGCCAUCUAUAAUCUCUUUCACUUCUACAAUCACUGCCGGCGAAGGCCCUUUCACCCACUCACAGGCAUUACUGUCGACCUGCUGUUCUUCAUUAUGUGGUCCGCCAUAAUAGUGAUAUUCUUAAUAUUAGCGGGAGGGGCAAUACAGUAUCGCUGUGCCAGUUUGGCGAAGACACCUUAUAUCAAGCCAGCCGGGACAGAUACGAGUGGGUGGGACCAGUAUCUUGUUACGGAAACUAGGUGUGAUAUAUUGAAAUGGGGAUUUUCAUUAGUUGUCGUCGAAGCGGUAUUGGUCACAAUAUCAACUAUAUUGGCUGCGGGGGCGCAGGUCAGUAAGGACAGGAACAAAAAUGGCCAUUGCAGAUGUUGCAAAUAUAAAGCUCUCGGAGAUGCGGAGUCGUGUGAGUCGACGCCGAGGACUUAG